AUGGCGCCUCACGCGGACGAGGCUCAUGAUUUGGACACUGCAGCCCCAGAGCAGAAAUGCCUGGGCCUGAGCCAGGUUAGGCGUUGUGAGGACCUGAAUGGGCACUCUUUGUCGAACGGCCACUCGAACGGCUACUCCAAUGGCAACGGCUGCUCGAAUGGCCAUGGUCGCCUGAAUGGGCACUACACAAACGGUCACCACAAUGGCAACGGAGUUCACUGUACCAAUGGCAAUGGUGCUCGUACCAGCAAUGGUAAUAGCGUUCACAAUGGCAACAACAAUGAUCAGGGCAUCGACUCUGAGACGGCCAGCAUUGCUUCCAACUGGGACGCGGCCACGGUUGUCGACAUGCCGGUGCCGCGCAACUUGCCCCGACCUGGAGACUACAUUGAAUUCCCUCAGCUGAAGCAUAAGCAGGGUGCCCCGCUCAACCGCUGGUCGCAUUUUAUGACGCGGGAUAAUGACUCUCCUGGUGCUCAGAGCAUGCUUUAUUCCCAGAUCCAGAACUGGGAGAAGACAAAGAAUGCCCCUCAGGUGGGCAUUGCCACUGUUUGGUGGGAGGGCAAUCCGUGCAAUUCUCAUUUGCGCGAGCUUGGCGAUCUUGUCAGGAAGGCCGUUUGGGAAGAGGGGAUGAUCGGCUGGCAGUACGGCACCAUCGGCGUGUCGGAUGGUAUCACUAUGGGUAGCGAGGGCAUGCGCUUCUCCCUGCAAUCACGCGAGCUCAUUGCUGACAACAUUGAGACCAUCACCUGCGCCCAGCGCCACGACGCCAACAUUAGCAUCCCCGGCUGCGACAAGAACAUGCCUGGCGUUGUGAUUGCCGCUGCCCGUCACAACCGGCCAUUUCUCAUGAUCUACGGCGGCACCAUCCGCAAGGGCUACUCUGAGCUUGCCGGCAAGGAGAUCAACAUUACCACGUGCUACGAGGCCCGCGGCGCCCUGGCCUCUGGCAACCUGAAGCCCUGCGAGGAGCACAAGAAUGCCACUCCUGAACAGGUCUUGGAGGAUAUCAAGACGCACUCCUGCCCCGGUCCCGGCGCUUGUGGCGGCAUGUACACCGCCAACACGAUGGCGGUCGCCAUCGAGGCCAUGGGCCUCACCCUUCCCGGUUCCUCCUCUCAUCCUGCCAAGUCUCCCGAGAAAAUGAGAGAAUGCGAGCGUGCUGCCUCCACAAUCAAAAUGCUCAUGGAGAAGGACAUCCGCGCUCGCGAUCUCAUGACGCGUGCGGCCUUCGAAAACGCCGUCAAAAUUACCAUCCUCAUGGGUGGCAGCACCAACGCAGUCCUGCACCUGCUCGCCAUGGCCUCCUCGGCCGACGUACCCCUGACUCUGGAAGACAUUGACGCCAUCUCCCAGCGCACACCUCUCCUCGCUAACAUGAAGCCCUUCGGCGACUACCUCAUGGAAGACCUCAACAAGAUCGGUGGCACGCCCUCAGUGCUCAAGUUCCUCAUCCAAGCAGGCUACAUCGACGGCAGCAUCCUCACCGUCACCGGAAAAACUCUCUGGGAGAACGUUGCCGAUAAGCCCUCCCUCGAGUUCGGCCCUGACAAACAAGCAAUCAUCCGCCCCCUACAUGACCCGAUCAAGACCAGCGGCCACAUCCGCGUGCUGAAGGGUAACUUGGCCCCCGGCGGCGCAGUCGCCAAGAUCACGGGGAAAGAGGGCGAAGAGUUCAUCGGCUCGGCACGCUGCUUCGAUAAAGAACAUGAGCUUGACCGAGCCCUGCGCACCGACAUGAAGCUGAGGACUACCAAGGAGAAUAUCGUGCUCAUCGUGCGGUAUGAGGGCCCCAAGGGUGGCCCAGGCAUGCCCGAGCAACUCAAUGCAAGUGCAUUCCUUCAGGGUGCGGACAUGGCGAACUUUGCUUUGGUCACUGACGGGCGGUAUUCCGGCGCUAGUCAUGGGUUUAUUGUUGGGCAUGUUGUUCCCGAGGCCGUGGUCGGAGGGCCGAUUGCGCUGGUCAAGGACGGGGAUGUGAUUAAGAUUGAUGCGGUGGAGAAUCGGAUUGACAUCAUUGAGAUUCCGGGUGUUGGCAAAGGGGAGGAGGUGGUGAGACGCGAGUUGGAGAAGAGGAGGAGGGAAUGGAAGAGGCCGCCAGUCAGACCACUGAGGGGCACGCUGGCGAAGUAUGCCCGCUUGGUUGGCGAUGCUAGCCAUGGUGCGGUGACGGAUUUACCUGUUAAGAGUGAGAGCCUUGAGUGGUAG